AUGGUGCCUGAAGUGUCUCUGGCGACCGCUAGUUACAUACUGAUUGAGGAGGAGAUCCCGGCUCUGGAUGAGAUCGUCGUGACCGAUCCUGGCGAGACGCCUGAAGAACCUCUGCCUAGUUGGUCUCGUCGAGUCAUGAAGAAAUGGCGACGCAUAAUAGGGCGAUUCAGAACAGCAUCCCAGAAAAGUAUCAUACCCGUUGAGCUCACUGAUGAUGGCGACCGAUUUAUCGAGUAUACAUGUAUGCGUUAUGUAUACGAUGAAAAGAAAGAUAGGUUUUGUCCUGCGGCGGACUCUACUGAUAUCACACCGGCGGAAUCAGAAAGACUGCUAGCCCUUGGUGGAUUAGACCAGACCGAAGCUAUCAGGAGGCGAGCCUUUAUCGGUCCUAAUGAGAUUGUUGUAGACGUACCACCGAUAUUCAAAUCUCUGGUUACUGAGUUCAGCAGUCUCUUUUAUGUGAUCCAGAGUAUGGGCUCGUGGACCUACCUUGGCUAUAGCGGUUGGAAUAUAGGUCUCAUAUGGUUUCUUAUGAUGAUCAUCACUGGUUGUGUAAAGGCACUUUUUAUCGUCCGAAGAGGUCAGAAGAAAGUGGCGGAACUUGCUCAUCAUUCCACUGACGUCUCGGUCUUGAGGAACUACGAGUGGUCGGUUAUACCAUCGUCUGAUGUCGCCCUCGGUGACAUCAUGGAAGUGGACGACGCAGAGAUCCCGUGCGAUGGGCAUAUCUUACUUGGGGCUGCUGUUGUUAACGAGUCUAUGCUCACUGGAGAGCCGAUGCCUGUACAAAAAAUUGCCAUGGAUUCGUCUGGCAGUGGCGACACUUCCUUCACAUCGAAGAGUUUGAUCCAUGCAGGUACGCUUUGUAUGGAGUCUACUGGCCCACAUGGGAAGGCUGUGAUGAUCGUCACGGCUGUUGGGGGCUCAACAACUAAGGGAAAGCUCAUCAGGAUGGUCAUGUUCCCCCAAUCAGUGAGGUUCAAAUACCACGACCAACUGCCAAUAGUCUAUGGCAUCAUGUUUGCCUACGCGAUGCUUAUAUCAAUUCUCUAUUUGGCUCUCACCCAUAUAGGCGAUUGGAUGGUUACGGUGCUGCAGAUUUUCCUAGUCCUGCUGCAAUCGCUGAAUCCUAUGCUACCAGUAGCGAUGGUUAUGGGUCAAACAGUAGCUGCCAAACGUUUACGUAAUCAUCAUAAAAUAUUCUGCCUUCAACCUGAGAGGAUACCAGUAGCCGGUAAGAUCUCUAUUAUGGUAUUCGAUAAGACCGGCACUAUCACUAAGGACGGGAUGGAACUGUCUGGGGUGAUCCCUGUCCGGAGAGGCAGUUUUGACAACCGUGUCGAUUUCGGUAAUCACUCCGCGAGCAGACUUCCUACAAACGUUAUUCAUGGUUUGGCUGCAUGUCACACAGUCAGACGACUCCGCGAUAAUCGUCUUGUCGGCAACCAGGUUGAGAUAGCAAUGCUCGAGAAAUGUGGGUGGUCUCUCUCUGUCGGAGGGGAUAAUACCUUUGUCACUUCACCUGAUGGCAGUAGCGUACUUGAAGUCCUCAGGCUGCUGCCUUUUGAUCAUGUUCGGAUGACCAGUGGUUGUGUGGUUCGCGAGCGUGAUACUGGACGUGUCCAGGUGUUGGUGAAGGGAUCGUAUGAGCGUAUGGGAGAGUUAUGUCACGUCGUACCGGCAGACUAUUCGGAACUGACUGACACGUUUGCGGCAUCGAAUAUGUAUGUACUGGCAUUGGGUGUGCGGGAGAUCGGGGCUGAUAUGGUGGAGGAGGUGUUGACUAUGAGUAGGACAGAGAUUGAGAACUCGUUGACAUUGCUGGCCCUGCUGCUCUUCAAAAAUGAGGUUAAGCCGGAUAGUGCAUUGGCUAUCAGUAUGCUACGGGAAGGGGAUAUUCGCAGUGUGGUGUGUACCGGUGAUAAUCCAUUGACUGCCAUUGGUAUAUCUAAGGAGGUUGGUAUAAUAGAUGAUACCAAACCCGUAUUACUUGCUCAUAUCGUUACCAAUGAUAAAGGAGGAUCAUCUCUGGUGUGGUCUGAUCCCGAGUCAGGUGACGAGAUGACGCCAGUGAAAGGAGUCCAUCAGUUAGUGGUAACCCGUGGGGCGUGGAGGUAUCUCUACUAUGAGCAACCUGACGAGUUGGAGGAGUAUUGGUACGAUAUACUGGUGUACGCUCGGAUGAAACCGUCUGAUAAAGUAUCGGUCGUUAAAUGGUAUCAAUCACAUAAAUUGGUAGUUGGCAUGUGUGGUGAUGGUGGUAACGAUUGUGGUGCCUUACGUGCCGCCCAUGCUGCAAUGGCAUUAUCCCAGGCUGAGGCCUCAAUGGUGUCACCCUUCAGCUCAUGCCGUGAUGGUUGUAGCCUCAUUACUGUAGUGGACCUUAUACGUGAAGGUAGGGCAUGUCUAGCUACUAACCUGGCUACUUACUCCUACUACAUCGUAUAUGCUCUCAUACUCACCCUUGGGCGCCUCUUCAUCACUAUCAUUGGUAACUUCAACAUCGGUGAGUGGAUUUUCAUAAUGACCGAUAUCCUACUUGGUGUAUUCAUGGUAUGGACGGCGACGCUGUCGGGACCAGCCCGCCGUCUAGCCAAGUUCCGACCAACCGCUUCGCUACUGGGCUGGCGUACCAUUCUGUCCUGUGUGGUACCUGCCUGUAUCGCCAUUGGGGCGCUCGUAAUCUCGUAUGCAGUCCUGUGGUCGCCAUUAAAUACCCAGUGGUACCUCAAGAGUUGA